GCCGGCGAUCCGAGCUGCGCUGGGUGUUCAGGGGCCAAGAUGGCGGCGCGCCGGGCGCGGAGAGACGGAGUCGCGCCGCCUCCGAGUGGGGGCCCCGGCCCAGACCCGGGCGGCGGAGUCCGCGGCAGCGGUUGGGGGAGCCGGAGCCAAGCGCCCUAUGGGACUGUUGGCGCUGUGAGCGGCGGAGAGCAGGUGCUGCUCCAUGAGGAAGGGGAUGAUUCCAGCUUUGUCAGUCUGUCACGACUAGGCCCCACUCUGAGGGACAAGGACCUGGAGAUGGAUGCCUUGUUGCUACAGGAUGAGACAUUGCUGGGGACCAUGCAGAGUUACAUGGAUGCCUCACUCAUCUCCCUCAUUGAAGAUUUUGGGAGCCUUGGAGAGAGCAGGUUGUCUCUGGAGGACCAGAAUGAGGUGUCACUGCUCACGGCUCUCACUGAGAUCUUGGACAAUGCGGAUUCUGAGAAUCUGUCUCCGUUUGACAGCAUUCCUGACUCGGACCUGCUUGUGUCACCUCGAGAGGGCUCCUCUUUGCACAAGCUGCUCACCAUCUCUCGGACACCCCCAGAGCGUGACCUCAUCACCCCAGUUGACCCGCUGGGAGCCAGCACAGGCAGUAGUAGAAUGAGUGGGGUUGAAAUGUCUCUCGCCGAUCCCUCUUGGGACUUCUCCCCACCCUCCUUCUUGGACACAUCUUCCCCCAAACUUCCUAGUUGGCGUCCCUCAAGGUCCAGACCCCGCUGGGGCCAGUCUUCUCCCCAGCAGCGCAGUGACGGGGAAGAAGAGGAGGAGGUGGCUCGCUUCAGCCACCAGCUGCUUGCUGGGGAACUGGACAAGCCUGCGAGCAGCGUUCCAGAUUUCCCCAUGCACCUAGCCUGUCCUGAGGAGGAAGAGAAGACGGCAGCGACAGCAGAGAUGUCUGGACAGGCAGCUGGAGAUGAGAGCAUCUCCUCCCUGAGUGAGCUGGUGCGAGCCAUGCAUCCCUACUGCCUGCCCGCCCUCACCCACCUGACGUCACUGGACGGUGAGCUGCAGGAGCAGACGGAGGACCUAGCCCUGCCUGAGGAUUGUGUGGUGCUGGAGAUUGUGGGACAUGCAGCUGCAGCUGGCAAUGACCUGGAGAUUCCAGUUGUGGUGCGGCAGAUCCCUCCCGAACCCCAGCCGGGGCUCCUGCACGACGCCCUGGAGGCUGGCCCAGCCUUGGAACUGCUCAUGCCCACACUGGAGUCGGGGACGGAGGCCACCGUGCCCAAGGAAGCCCUGAGCCUGGAGAAAGAGGGUCUGUCCUUGGACCUGAGGGAAAAGCUAGAGUUAACCAGCUUAAUGGCGCCCCAGGACAGCAUGGACCCAGAGGCACCUAAGGGGCCUCUGAACCCACCAGACAGCUCCGCACCGUGUUCCCAGAAGACCCGAAAGGGCAGGAGGAAGAAGAGCAAGGAUCAGCCCGCAGCCAGUGCAGAAGGCUAUUCCCGGAGACUGAGGUCAUCCUCCCGUGGGCAGUGUAGAGGGACUGGACAGAUGACUUCCCUGCCUUCAGAGGAAGUCCAGAGAGAGGCAGGACCCGCAUGUGGCAAAGGGAAACCCCGGGCCUGGGCUCGGGCCUGGGCAGCCGCCUUGGAGAAACCGAGUUCCAGCGGCUUGGAGAGUCCUGUCAGACAAGUGAGGCCAGCUGGGGAGGGUCCUCGAGACCUCUGUCCCUCCCUGGUUGACCCCAUCCAAGGCAGCUCAGUUCAGGUCCAUCUCUCACGGGGGGACUCUGCCCCAGCCAACCCUGUGCCACUUGGCUCCAUUGAAGCUGACCCCACAGCAGGUGGCACUGUUCCCACCGACCCUGCGCCUGCCGACCCCGCCCCAGAUGACCUUGCUGCAGCUGACUUGGAACUGGUUGAUUCUCUCCCCUCUGACCCAGUUCUGACGGACUCAGCAGCGGUGGGCCCUGCGGUGGCCGUUCCCAUCGCAGAUGACAUGUCACCAGUUGACCCUGUCCCGGCUAUGCCGAUGCCAGUUGACUCUGUUACCACAGAUCCCCCUCCCGUGGACUCUGUACUGGCUAAGUCUCGGCCCACUGAUCCCCGCCGUGGCGCGGCCUUAUCCGCCCAGGCAAGUUUAGCCUCUCCGUUCUUUCUGGAGUCAGAGGUCUCAGCUCUCUCGAAAGCUGCCGUCUCUGAAGGCAAGGCCGUGGGUCCUCUGAAGGUAGAGAAUGGUACCGGUGCCACCACCCAGGAAGCCAAACCCCGACCCCUUAGCUUGUCUGAGUACCGGCGUCGGAGGCAGCAGCGUCAAGCAGAGGCGAAAGAGAGGAGUUCCCAGCCUCCAGCUGGGAAGUGGCCCAGCCUCCCGGAGACCCCCACGGGGCUGGCAGACAUCCCUUGUCUUGUCAUCCCGACAGCCCCAACUAAGAAGACGGCUGUGCAGAGAAGCCCUGAGGUCUCUCCCGGAGCGUGCUCUGUCCCUGUGGCUCCCAGCCCUGCCUCUCCUAGUCCAGAGCCACCUGCAAGCAAACCUCUAUCCUCCACAACUCCUGAGCAGGUGCCAUCCCAGGAGAUCCCGCUGCCUGCCGCACCUCUGCCUCCUGCCGUGCAGCCCAUGCUCCCCCCGAUGCCCUCUGCGCCGCCUUUCCCUCCUGGUGGACUGGGCGUGACUGCCAUGUUGCCCCUUCCUGCCAGUGGGCAGGGGGUCUCCAGUCUCCCCCCACCGCCCCUGCAGCCUCCUAGUCUCCCGGUGCCCCCUGAUCCUUACCCUCACUAUGCCCCUGUGCCUCCUUGGCCUUGUUAUCCCCCCGUGGCCCCCUCUGGCUACCCUUGCCUGCCUCCCCCGCCAACGGUACCCCUCGUGUCUGGGACUCCUGGUGCUUAUGCUGUGCCCCCUACUUGCAACGUGCCUUGGGUACCCCCACCUGCCUCAGUCCCACCUUACAGUUCCAGCUGUUCCUACGGGCCCUUGGGCUGGGGCCCGGGACUGCAGCACCCUCCGUUCUGGCCUGCUGUGCCCCCACCUCCGUUGCCUCUGGCUUCAGUUGGAAGGGCUGUCCCCCCACCCAAGGUGGAGUCCAGUGGCACCCCAGCUGGCCCUUCGGAAAGUGUACUUCCUGUGCCGAUGGCUCCUCCCCAAGGCCUUCAAGCAUCCGCUGGGCAGGGAGCUGCAGCGGUAGAGGCUGCCAGGGUGGAGGGGAAGCCAGUGCCUGCGUCUCAUCUGAAGCACCAGGUGUCCUCCCCCGGGCAGAGCGCCCAGGGCAAGACUCCACCAUGUGGGACUGUUCCCGAGCCUGAAUCUGAGAGACUGAAGCCGGAGAUGCAGGAGACCCGGCCCAGGGAGAAGCCGCCUUCUCCUGUGGCCAAGGCAGUUUCUGCAGCCACGCCUAGGCCGAGCACUGCUCCUAAGCUGCCCGCGCUCCACCCGGCCCGCCUGAGGAAGCUCUCCUUCCUGCCGAAACCACGCGCCCAGGGCCCCGAGGACGUUGUGCAGGCUUUCAUCAGUGAGAUUGGAAUCGAGGCAUCGGACCUGUCCAGUCUGCUGGAGCAGUUUGAGCAGUCAGAAGCCAAAAAGGAGUGCCCUCCCCCGGCUCCUGCUGACAGCUUGGCUGUAGGAAACUCAGGCAGCGUUGACACUCCCCAGGAGAAGAAGCCCCUAGACCGGUUACAAGCCCCAGAACUGGCCAACGUGGCAGGGCUCACCCCUCCAGCCACCCCUCCCCACCAGUUAUGGAAGCCCCUGGCUGCUGUCUCACUGCUGGCCAAAGCCAAAUCUCCUAAAUCCACGGCCCAGGAGGGAACCCUGAAGUCUGAAGGAGUCACAGAGGCCAAACAUCCAGCUGCAGCCCGCCUCCAAGAAGGGGCCCAGGGCCCUAGUCCAGUUCAUGUGGGCUCCGGGGACCAUGACUAUUGUGUUCGGAGCAGGACACCCCCCAAAAGGAUGCCUGCUCUAGUCAUUCCAGAGGUGGGCUCCCGCUGGAAUGUCAAACGCCAUCAGGACAUCACCAUCAAACCUGUCUUAUCCCUGGGCCCAGCUGCCCCAGUGCCCCCACGUACUGCUGCCUCCCAGGAACCACUUGAUCACAGGACUAGCAAUGAGCAGGCAGAACCCCCUGCCCCUUGCCUCGCCCCUUCCGCCUUGCUUUCCCCUGAGGCCUCGCCGUGCCGGACUGACGCUAGGACUCUUCCCGAGCCCUCGGCCAAGCAGCGGUCAGUGCGCUGUUACCGAAAAGCCUGCAGGUCGGCCAGUCCCCAGAACCGGGGCUGGCAGGGCCGUCGGGGCCGCAGCAGUCGUUCUAUCAGCUCUGGGUCCAACCAGACCAGCGAAGCAUCAUCUUCCUCAUCCUCAUCGUCGUCCUCAUCCCGGUCCCGGUCCAGGUCCCUCUCCCCCCCACACAAGAGGUGGCGAAGAUCCAGUUGCAGUUCCUCUGGACGUUCCCGAAGAUGUUCUUCCUCCUCCUCCUCCUCAUCAUCAUCCUCCUCAACAUCCUCUUCCUCAUCCAGUUCCCGAAGCCGUUCUCGUUCUCCAUCCCCCCGCCGGAGAAGUGACAGGAGGCGGCGGUACAGCUCUUACCGUUCCCACGACCAUUACCAAAGGCAGAGAGUGCUGCAGAAGGAGCGUGCAAUAGAAGAGAGAAGAGUAGUCUUCAUUGGGAAGAUACCUGGCCGCAUGACUCGGUCAGAGCUGAAGCAAAGGUUCUCUGUUUUCGGAGAGAUUGAGGAAUGCACCAUCCACUUCCGUGUCCAAGGUGACAACUAUGGCUUCGUCACUUACCGCUAUGCCGAGGAGGCCUUUGCAGCCAUCGAGAGUGGCCACAAGCUGAGGCAAGCAGAUGAGCAGCCCUUUGAUCUCUGUUUUGGGGGCCGCAGGCAGUUCUGCAAGAGAAGUUAUUCUGAUCUUGACUCCAAUCGGGAAGACUUUGACCCAGCUCCUGUAAAGAGCAAAUUUGAUUCUCUUGACUUUGACACAUUGUUGAAACAGGCCCAGAAGAACCUCAGGAGGUAACCCUGGGCUCUUCUCCCCCUUCCCCUUAUCUUUGGAGGUGCCCAGCCUCAUCCCUCCCCCACCAUAGGGGGGAGAGCUGCUAGUGAGGAAUGACUGUUUUAUAAAGAAAUGGAAAAAAAGUGAAAUAAAAAUGUGUUAAAUCAGAUUUUUUAAAGGGGUUUCUCUUUUUCCUUCUUUUUUUUCCUUUUUUUCUUUAAAAAUAGGCAUUAAAAAAGUUAACUUGCAUUCCUGUGUAAGAUUGGGAUUGUGGGGUCCCCCCAGUAUUUGGAACAUCUGAGUAACUAUGCAGAUUAAUAAACAUCAACU